CCCUCCUUCCCUCUCCCCCCUCCCUCCAUCCCCUCCAGAUGCAGGGCCCCCUCCCCUCCGGGCCCCUUUCUCCAAGGGCUCCCCUCGGCUCUUAGCUUUGGUUUCCACGCGGUUGCGCACGGAGACGCUUCGGGGGGACAGCACCUUUGGGGGUCUCCAAAGCGUGAAUCUUGGGCUCCUCGGUGGAUUGGAAGCCCCUCGCCCCCUCCCAUUGGGCUUCGCCUUGGAGUCGAGGAGGAGGAAGGAGAAGGGGAGGCAGAGGAAGAAGAGGAGGAGGAGGAAGAGGAGGAAGAGGAAGAGCGCAAAGGGCAAAGCGCGCGCGCACCCAAACAGGUCGGCUUCCUCGCUUUCUCUUUCUCUUCCAUUCCAUCACUCAGGUUUCCUGAGUGUCGGAGAGCACCUGAAGCCCUGCCCUUUCCUUGAAGGAGGAGGGAGUGUACCUGAUGAUAAGGACCUCCUCUCUCUAGUGGUUCAUGUUUCGCCACCCGGACAGCAUCUCGGCUUUGAUUGCUCCGAACUCCCCGCAGCUCCAGGGCUGGAUGGAAGAGGGACAAGGCUCUGCCAUGAGCCGCUACAGCUUCUCCAACCUCUUGGACUGGAUGUAUGGAGGCGUGGACCCCAGCUUCGAAGGCAACGGGGGUCCCGAAUGCGCCGCCUUCCUUCCCUGGAAGCAGCGGUUGGUGGAAAGUGUGGUCUUCCUCAGUUUGGGGUUUUUGGAGGUGGCGGUGUCGCUGCGGAAGAUCCGACAGAGCCAUGCUAAAGAGGCAGGUGACUUGCUCGCUCAGUCCCGGAUCAAGCAGGAAAGCUGGGGAAAGAACCUGCUCCUUGCCGCUCUUUGCCUCACUUUUGGACUGGAAGUGGGAUUCAAGUUUGCGACGAAGACGGUCAUCUACUUGCUGAACCCUUGCCACGUGGUCACCAUGAUGCAGAUUUUCCUGCUGGCCUGCCCUCCCUGCCAUUUUGCAAUGAUCCUCUUCAGACUACAGAUGCACAUGCUUAAUGGGGCGCUUUUGGCGUUGCUUUUCCCUGUGCUUAAUACACGAUUGCUACCUUUUGAAGUGGAGGUUUACUACAUCCAGCAUAUUAUGCUGUACAUCGUCCCCAUCUAUCUACUGCGGAAAGGAGGUGUCUACACUCCAGAACCUUCGUGCAACUUCUGGUGGGCCUUACUUUCCACCGGACUGAUGUUCGUGUAUCACUUCACCAUUUUACAGAGUCUGGGAAUGGCCACAGAAGUGAACCUGAACAAUAUGCUAUGCCCAGCCAUCUCGGACCCUUUCUACGGCCCUUGGUACCGGAUAUGGGCCUCGGGGCACCAGACGCUCAUGACCAUGAUCCAUGGGAAACUCAUUACGGCGGUCUUCUACAGCACUGUUCCCGUCUGCAAGUUCUGCCUGGAUUUACUCCGACUUCCAGCUAAAAAAAUAUCCUGAAUUCUCUUUGGGAGGAAACGGAAGAGGACCGUGCUUGAAGCGGGAAGGAAAAGGCCGUGCAUCUAUCAUUCCUUCCAUUUCUUCCAUCCGUUGUGAAGUAAGGCCCUUCCUUCCCUUGCAGCCCCUUUCUGUUUGGUUUUUUGAUGGCGAAAUUUGUGGCCUUAUUGGGGGAGCGACAUUGACUCGACACAUUCUUUCUAUCCAGCCCAAUCUGGCAGCUUUGGACCGUUUGAGCCCCCCAAAAAGAGUCAGGAUCUCUCUUCCAUAUUAUCCCAGAGAAGCCAAUUCACUGCCGAUCUUUUUGACCAACUAACUCACCGACCGAGGGCUAGUUUUGUAUUUCCCUCCCUCGAAAUCCCUGCUGCGUUGCGGGCAUCUCUUGCCUCUCUGCCGCCUUUCUUCUGUGGCAUUUUCAGGGGUUUGUUUGUGCAAAUCAGUAUGGUUUUGCUGUUACGGCUGGUUGAAACAACAUGGAACAAUAACAGCAACGUAUUUUGCUAAAUAUCAACUUUGGAAGCUGUCUGUGAUUUUCUGUUUACUAUCCAUUGCUAGCCCAUGGAUUGCUCUUCAAAUGGUGAGAAACAGAAGGCUGAAAUAAGUCUAGAAGGUGAAUUGCAAUGCAGUUUGGAACAGGAAGGAUCGUCCUUUAAAGGGACGGUUGGGUUGGAGAGAAAUACGACCCUCGACAAAGCAAAACGGCACGUUUGAAAUGAAUGGCCAAAUUGAUGCACUUCUCUUUCCUGUGGCUUGCAAAAGACCCAAGAAACUGUCUCGUCGGGGAUAAAUAUUACCAUUUUUGGAGCAGAUUUGAGACGUUGUUCCUUCUGCGUAAAGGACACACAAGUUUCACAAAAGAUAUUGCAGAGAACGUUGUGGCCAAUGUAGACCAGUAUUCUGUAUCAGCAACUUUGUUAAAGAGCAACCAUGAGUCUGGAACAGCAACCUAGAUUUACCAAUUUGUAACUUAAGCUCAUAGUUGCCACAUAGGGUGCAUCUACACCAGUGGUUCCCAAACUUUGGUCCUCCAGGUGCUUUGGACUUCAACUCCCAGAAAUCCCAACUGUUAGGAAUUGUGGGAGCUGAAGUCCAAAACACCCAGAGGACCAAAGCUUGGGAACCACUGAUCUACACUGUCGAAUUAAUGCAGUUUGGCCCCAGUUUAGCUACCAUGGGAUCGUGGGCAAUUACAUGGCUUUCUGCCUCCUCUGCCAACGAGUGCUACACUACAAAUCCCAACAUUCCAUAUUAUUGAGGCACUGCAGUUGAAGUGAUGUCAAACUGCAUUAAUUCUAGUGUAGCUCCAAACAAGAAACCAGUAUGAAACUGUUGGAGAGGGCUCCUACGCCCUCCUAAAGCUGUAGACUGCAACUCCCAGUCUCCCCAGUUUGAGGAUGUUGGGAUGUGUCUUUUUUGCAUCAAGAAAAUCUCCUAGGGAUCAUACUAUUGAACCAAAGCAGUUAAAGUGGGGUGAAACUGCAUUAAUUCUAUAUUAUUAUUAUUAUUAUUUUACUUUUAUUUAUUUUUUAUUUUAUAUCAAAAGCAUUGCAUAAAUUAGUAUAACAAGGAUAAAAAUAGAAAUAUCUUUUGGCCAAAAACGGGCAACAGCAACGGCAUUGUCUGUAGCCUCCAACAAUUCCUCCUCUGUACAUGAGGCAGGGCACAAUGGACAAGCAUACAGAUGCGGAGUUGUCUGUUCUGCUCGACAGUCGCACAAGGUUUUAGGAUUCUUUUAGAUUAUUUUUCUGACACAAAAGCACAGUAUGUCACAGCAAAUGAGAUAUAUAUGCUGGAUUUCGUAUCACAAAAUUACAAGCUGAGCAUUUCCCAAGCGUCUAGGACUGUGUGAUGUUGUUUAUUAUUAUUAUUAUUAUUAUUAUUAUUAUUAUUAUUAUUAUUUGGAGCCCCCGGUGGCACAGCCGCUGGGCUUGUGGACUAAAAGGUCGGUGGUUCAAAUCCGGGGAGUGAGGUGAGCUCUUGCUGUUAGCCCCAGCUUCUGUCAACCUAGCAGUUCAAAAACAUGCAAAUGUGAGUAGAUCAAUAGGUACAGUUCUGAGGGAAGGUAAUGGCACUCAAUGCAGUCAUGCUGGCCACAUGACUUUGGAGGUGUCUAUGCACAACGCUGGCUCUCCGCCUUAGAAAUGGAGAUGCGCAUCACCUCCCAGAAUCAGACACAACUAGAAUUAAUGUCAGGGGAAAUCUUUACCUUUGCCUAUUAUUAUUCAGCGCAGAUGCAACCUUAAGUCACAAUUGUGACGCUGUUGCUCCCCCUUAAACCUACUUUCCUAUACAUCAGUUGGAGCAAAAUGUCAACAAUGCUGCAUUUUCACUGUAGAAUUAAUGCAGUUUGAUAUCCUUUAAGUACCAUGGAUCAAUGCUAUGGGAUAUUGGGAGCUGUAGUCCAGUGAGGCACCAGCACUCCUUAUCAGAGAAGGCUAAAGAAGACCUCCGAGAACUAUAAUUCCUAUGAUUCUAUCACAUUGAUCCUUUACAGUUAAAAUGGAGUUAGAGUAUCGAUCCACCCUAAGUACUAAGUCGCAAAUACAGAAUACUGUGGUGUUGCUGUGAGUUUUCCGGGCUGCAUGGCCAUGUUCCAGAAGCAUUCUCUCCUGAUGUUUCACCCACAUCUAUGGCAGGCAUCCUCAGAGGUUGUGAUGUCUGUUGGAAAGUAGGCAAGUGAGGUUUAUAUAUCUGUGGAAUGGUGUCCAGGGUAGGAGAAAGAACUCUUGCCUGCUUGAGCCAAGUAGGAAUGUUCCAAUUGGCCAGCUUGAUUGACAUUGAAUGGCCUUGCAGCUUCAAAGGCUGG